AUGAAGACCACUCUUUCUGUUACCGCGCUUCCGCUGCUGGCCAGCUAUGUUGCCGCCCACCCUGUCAAGAGCACCGCUCUCUCAACCUUGACUGACCGCAGCUUCCCCUGGCACAUCGGCGUGCCCAAGUCCGGUUCUUCGCACGGAAAACGCGAUGUCAGCCUUCCCAGCACUUGGGAUCCCCCUUCCGACCUCGUCACUCCUUUGCAAGAGGUCUGGGACCACGAAGUCGAAACCUACAGCGACGCCCUGGGCUUCGAGAACUACGGCUUCGACCAGGUCAUCGCCGCCGGCGGUAAAAUCAACUACUGUGUCCGCUGGGACUCCUCCCAAUCCGUCACCGCCGAGCAGCGUUCCCAAAUCGCCUCUGCUGCCAGCCGCUCCUACAACAAGUGGAUUGCCGGUCUCGCUGGAUUUGACGGCUGGCCGUACGAUACUGUCGAAGUCAACGUUGUCGGAUGGGCCGUGAGCGAUGAGUCCCUGCUUGAGGGAGACACCUCGGACAUUGACGUCUACACCGACACCGACGCCGAUGGAAUCCCGCAGUGCGCGGAGGCUUGUGGGCGGUUCUUCCACCAGGACGGCGAUUACAGCGGUUGUGCGGCUGGCGCUGACCGUCACUACGACAACAGCCUCUGGCUCACCGAUGGCUUCGAGGGCGGCACCGGCGGCGACUGGGGCCAGCGCGUCGGCUCCGACUACUUCCUCGAGAACCUCGAGACCGAGAACAUCCACAUCUACCUGCACGAGAUUGGCCACACUUUCGCUCUGGACGACUUCUACGACUGGACCCCAACCGGCGUAACAAGCUUCAUCAUGCUCUCCGGCAGCGCCACCGAAAUCACCGAGUUCGACUACUGGAUGCUCCGCGACUGGUGGCGAAACCUCAAGGACCGCUACGAUCUGUCCUCCGUCUCCUCUUCGUCCUCCUCGUCAAGCCGCACCUCCUCCGCUGUCGCUGUCACCUCUACCGCCCCUGUUUAUGUCCCCACCGCCACCGCUACCGCAACAUCCCAGACUGCCGGCUACGUCUCGCUCCCCACUGAGGAGGCUGUCGUUCAGCCGUCCACCACCGCUGCUUCUUACCCCACCGCAUCUUUCCCUACGGCUUCCGCUGCGCCGACCGGUACGCAGGCUGCGAACCCCUGGGGUAACAGUGGUUGGGAGCAGCCCUCGCAGGGGAACCCUUGGUGGGGUGGAUGGUGGGGCCAGAAGGCUUCUCGCCAGUAG